UUUUUUAUGUUUGAAAUAUCGGGAGGGCUAAGUUUUCUCAGGCACCCGGGUUUCACGUGACCGGGCUCACCAAUUGGCAAUUAGCCCGCCGUUAGAAGACCUCUCCACCUAUUCCAUUCCUUUGUGAUUCUCUCCCCCCUCUCAUUUCCUUCUCCGAGAAGCAUUACACUUCACUCUGUGUCUGUGAACUAGAGAGAGACUAGCAUCCGAUCUUCUCUAUCAAUCUUUUAAUUGAAGGAUAAAAUGGAAACACUGCCUUCGACCUUUUCUUACACCAAUGAGGACCAAAAAAAUCUCAAACAAUUACUCGAUGCUUUUGGGUCUGUGGUUUCUCUCGACGACAUUGCUUCAGCUUACUGUCUUGCAGAUCGCAACUUAGUAACUACAGGCGAAGUACUCCUUAAGAUGCAGGGAAGCACCUCUGGCACAUCUAUGUCAGUUUCACAAGAUGGUCUGGAAAGAAAAGCAAGUGUAUCUUCUGAAUAUCAAAUGGAUAAUAUCCUGGAGAGUGCUCGUGUUUCUAACUCCAAGGCCAAAAAGUGUUCAGCAUCAAUGGGAACUGUGUCAUGUGUGAUUGGGAGAGAAUAUUCUCGACAUAGGUCUUUACCUAAUGAAUCAUGCAAGAAGACCAAACCACUGAAAUUGAAUUCAAACGAUUUUCCAGUCUCUGAAAUUUGGGAUGAGAACGCGGAAUCAGAUUCUCCGGCAAGAAGUGAAACCAUGCAUCGUGACAUCGAACAAUUUCUUUUCAAAAUGCUUGGAGAUGGCUUUCAGCUCGAAAUGGAUGUAAUUCAAGACGUCGUUGGCCAGUGUGGAUACGACAUACAAAUGAGCAUGGAUAAACUUCUCAGCCUGUCAACAUCAUCACUAGGGAAGAAAGACGAUAUUAUUGGCAUUGAUGCUCAUAAGCAUAUGCAGAAUAAUUCAGAGCUAGAAGAUGUUCCAUUUAAAGGACAACCAUCAAACAAUGACUUCUGUGAAAGAUCGAAUGCUGAUAUCACAACUGGAAGGGAAUUAAGAUUACCUAGAAAAGAGAAGGAAAAGCAAGAUCUCCAAAAUGAAGUUCUUCAGGCACUAUUUAAUGCACCUGAAAGAAUUGAAGAGAAGCCAGAGAGAAUUCAUCCAAUCAGAGGAGACAGGCAAAGGACACCUUAUGGCCGGUUUGUGGCGAAACCACCAGAAGAGACAACUUUAGAAAAUAUUACCUUUAUUACAAGACGACGAGUUAAUGAAAGGAGUGAUGAAAAUGGUGAGAAUAGCUAUGAGGACUUGCGCAAGGCUGUGAAGGAGUAUCGGGUUACGAUGAAAGAAUACUUUAAAGCUGCUAUUGAUGCUUUCACUGAAAAGGAUCAUGAGAAAUCACAAAAAUUUCUGCAAGAGGGACAAUUUUUUAUGAAGAAGGCCCGAGAAGCAGAUGAAACAUCUGCGGCAAAACUUCUUGAGAACAGUUGCGAAGAAGAAGAAUUUUCUCUUAAUGUGCAUUUAUUUGAGCCAAAGGAAGCUGUUCGCAUGCUGAGACUUCACUUGUCUACUCUUUCUGGUCUUCCAUCUGUUCAGCAUCUCAAAGUUAUAGUUGGGACCAACGAAAAAGAUGCCAAAGAAGGGCUUCGGAAGCGAAUGAUUAUCAAAGUUUUAGACCGGGAGUCUAUACCUUUUACUGAGGAUGAGAGUGGCAAGAUAAUUACAAUCCGGGUUGAUGAGAUUAAUCCGGAGAAACAGAGUUUUGCUAAAAAGUCUUAAAAUUUUUGAAAGGCACGAGGAUUGGAACAUUGAGGGUUUUCUACCAAGUUUUGCCAUCGGUUGUUUACUUGGGAAGCAAUAUAUAUUUUGUCAAAUUAUGAAAGUAACUUUGCUUCGUCGAA